AUGGGGGAGAAAGUUUCCGAGGCGCCCGAGCCCGUGCCCCGGGGCUGCAGCGGCCACGGCGCCGGGACUCUAGUCUCGCCGGCGGCAGCCGUGUCCUCGGAGGGCGCUUCCUCAGCGGAGUCAUCCUCUGGCUCGGAAACUCUGUCGGAGGAAGGGGAGCCCGGCCGCUUCUCCUGCAGGUCGCAGCCGCCGCGGCCGCCGGGCGGCGCCCUGGGAACCCCGCUGCCCGCCGCGUGGGCUCCCGCGCGCGUGGCUCUGGAGCGUGGAGUUCCUACCCUGCCGCUGCCGCCCCCCGGAGGAGCGGUACUGCCGGUGCCCCGGGUCAGCAGCGCAUCCCAAGAGGAGCAGGAUGAAGAGCUUGACCACAUACUGUCUCCGCCACCCAUGCCGUUUCGGAAAUGCAGCAACCCAGAUGUGGCCUGUGGCCUCGGAAAGUCACUGAAGUACAAGAGACAGCUUAGUGAGGAUGGGAAGCAGCUGCGGCGAGGGAGCCUGGGAGGAGCCCUCACCGCUUCUGACCUGGAGCGUGGAAUUUGGCCUUUAGCUUUAUGA